CGGCAACAUUGCCAUUGCAAUUUGUAAUAGUUUAGUUUUUUUUAAAGUUCUUCUAGGACAUUUUAGGUUAUUUCUAAAUGUUUCCCGAUUUUUUGUUUCAUUUUUCCGAUAACUUAUUAACAGAUUAACUUGUAUUAUAUAAUUUAAAUAUACUAUAACUUGAAAUAUGGGGAAGAAGCUAAUCUUUCAAGAAAAACCUAAGCAGGAUAGUUUAACAACAAUUUUCAAAUCAAAUAAAACGUUGUCGUUAGAAAUCAAUUUUAAAAACAAAAUCGAUUUAGGUGUUUUAUCCAAAGAGCAAUUUGAUUUUGUUUCUAUUCCUUGGAUUGGGGAUUAUGAAGGAUACCAUUUAAAACAGAAACCUCCUAUAAUUUUGGCCCAGGAACUAAUUUCCAAAAACGUAACAGUACUUCUCCACAUUCCUUGCAGAAAAUUGAGUUUAGCAGUAGCACAUGAAAUGCUGAAUAUCUUUAAAAAAAUUGGUGUACGAAAUAUAUUAGCAGUUAAAGGAGAGGGUAAAAAUAUUGAGGAGAAUUGUCGUAACAUUGAUUUUCCUCAUACCAGUGAUUUUGUUGAAUUUGUGUCAGAAUCUUUCAUUAACGACUUCAACAUUGGAGUAGCGGCAUAUCCACAAAAACAUCCCUGCUCCGCUAAUAUGCAACAAGAAAUGGAAUUUCUAAGUUUGAAGGUAUCUAAAGGAGCAGACUUUAUUUUAACUCAAGGUUGUGUGGAUUCACAAAUUCUUUCUGAUUUUCAUAGAAGGUGCAAAGCACAUGGCAUUCGUGUACCAAUUAUAGUGGGAACAUUUUCAUUAAGAUCACUUGAACAGCUCGAUUUAUUGAGGAAAUGCAAAAUUCCAGUGGAAAAUGAUUUGUUUCAAUUUCGUGAAGAGGUAAUGAAGGGCCCUGUGACCUUUGAAUCAUUUUUCAGAAAACGCUUACGGGAAGUAGUUGAAAUGGAUACAGAGUUAAUAUCAGAAAUAAUGGGUGAAAUUGAGUUGUUUAAAAAAAAGUAUCAAUCUAUACAAAAUCUAUAAACAAUUUUCCAUUUUUGUAUAUAUGUUUCCUAGAAAUAUUAUAUAUAUCGUUCUAUAAUAUUUCAUGAAACAUUUUUCAUUAAAUUGUUAUUUAUAUCUUAUUGUUGGUAAAAUUAAUAUUUUAUUGUUAUAAAAUAUGUUGUGGAGUUCACAAAAAAUUCUCACAGAAACUAAAAGUGAGUU